UCUAGAUAUCACCAACAUGGAGAACAAACAUGGUAAUACAACCUUAUUUUUUCUCGCUUUAUGUCAUGGAAUCUUAACGUGGAAUGUUAGAGCAAAGGGUUUGUUGUCAUUCUUGGUUUUUUUCAAGCUUGUGUUUAGCUAUGUCGGUCAAAAAUGGAAGACAUGGAUGAAUAGUAGAGGUGAGUCAAGUUGUGAAGGUGUGAAGCAGGGCUUGGAGUACAUUGAGAGAGGGCUUAGAGUGUGCAAAGAAGACGUGGUUUUGGUGAUGGAAAAACUAGGAAUGAUUGUUGAAUGUGAAUGUGAUGGGAUUGAGGAAUGUGCUGUCGAAGAAAUUGAGGAAUUGUUUGAUGAAGACGUUACCUUGUCGGAGGUAGAAGCAGCCUUUGAUGUGUUUGACGAAAACAAAGAUGGGUUUAUAGAAGCAAGAGAGUUGCAAAGUGUGUUGUCCUCUCUGGGGUUAGUCAAAGAUUUGAUGGAGUGUCAGAAAAUGAUCAAUGCAGUUGACAAAAAUGGUGAUGAACUCGUUGAUAGAACUGAGUUUGCCAGAAUUAUGGAACAGAGUUUCGGCUGA